UCGUGGGGUGGGCGGUUCCCUCGGCUCUUCGCCAUGUCUUCUCACAAAACUUUCAGAAUCAAGCGGUUUCUGGCCAAAAAACAGAAACAAAAUCGUCCUAUUCCCCAGUGGAUUAGAAUGAAAACUGGUAAUAAAAUCAGGUACAACUCCAAGAGGAGACACUGGAGAAGAACCAAGCUGGGUCUAUGAGGAACUGGACAGGAUGUGGGCCACAUAUUUAUGCUGUACCAAGGUCACUAUAGGCUUGCCACAUCAAGCCGAA